GGCGGGCAGGGCGCGGCGCGGCGCGGCGGGAGCCCCGCGGCCUCCUCGCCAUGUCGGGCCGCUGCUGCCCGGGGCAGACGCCGAGCCGCGACAUCCCGGGUCCCGGCAAGCGCCUCGCCCUGCCCGACGGCGCCCCGCUGCCGCCCGGCGCCUACAGCACCACGCCGGGGGGCACCGUCUUCGGGACCACGCCGGGCGGUACCAGAAUUAUUUAUGAUCGUAAGUUUUUGAUGGAGUGCCGCAAUUCUCCGGUUGCCAAAACACCACCUUCUGACCUUCCGGACAUUCCAGGUGUCACAAGCCCAAAUGUGGAGGAGUCAAAGAUUGAAAACAACCAUGUCCAGAACUAUGAUGAGAAAGUGAGCAUAGGUGAGGAAGAGCAGUUUGACAUGGACAUCUAAAGCACAUGCCCUGAGAGUGCUUAUACAGUGAAGAGUGGGACCUUGUCUUGAGGAUUCCCACCUGCUAGGCUUAUGGAAGCCCAUGCUUUGAGUGCCUUCCUGCUUCCUGGGAAGGGCAACUCAUUCACUUCUGAGAACAGAGUGCAUCCUGUUACAAGGACUGAGUCUCAGCCUCUCUGUGUGGGUGCAAACACACAAGUACAGCCCCUGCUGGUGAUGAGCCACAGAGCGCAGGAGGAGACAUUCUCAAUGAUUGUUUUUGUUUCCAGUUUUAUGCUUUUGUUAAUCACUGUAUUAUUGCUAUAAGUUACAAAAAUGCAAUAUUUGGGACAAAUAAAAAUCAUUUUGAGUCCCCUGGUAUGGGGUUUAAUGCAAUAAA